GUCAUCCAAAUUGGUGAGCAUUUUUAUUUAAAUGGCUGUCUUGUUGACCAAGAAGCUCAUUAUCCUCCCGCUUUUUCUUUCUUCCUUUAGUUUGUUAUUCUUCCCUAGAAAAAUAGGAGUUACUCUAUUCUUUACUUCGCUUGUGGCUUUUUUGAGCCUUUGGAUUUCUUAUCUCUUAGCCAAGCAAGUAUUGGCUUUUGAAGAAGGCUCAGAGUCAGCUAGGAAAAUUGCAGAGGCAAUUAGAGAAGGAUCAACAGGCUUCUUACGAGUUCAAUUCAAGGCAAUAACAAGAUUUUCCAUUAUAUGUGCCUUUGUGAUAUUUUUUGCUUAUUUUGCAAGGAACUCCCUUCGAGAUUCCUCUUUGACCAAUUUUCAAGUAGCCUUGGUUACUUUUUUUUGUUUUUUAACUGGGGCUGCUUGCUCCGCUGCUGUAGGAUAUUUGGGAAUGUGUAUGAGUGUUCGAGCAAAUAGCAGAGUGGCUUUUUGUGCCGGAAAAAGCUAUGAACUAGGUCUAAGUGUUUGUUUACGAAGUGGGGCAGUAACAGCCUUAUUGGUCGUAUCCUUGUGUCUUUUGGGAAUAAUAUUUUUGUAUUCUAUCUUAUAUUUGGUUCUUCCAAUCUCGUAUGUCCGCGUGCCAUUCUUGUUGGUUGGCUACGGAUUUGGUGCUUCAUUUGUCGCAUUGUUUGCCCAACUUGGAGGCGGCAUAUAUACAAAAGCUGCUGACGUCGGGGCAGAUAUUAUUGGUAAAGUUGAAAGAGAUAUUCCAGAAGAUGAUCCUAGAAAUCCUGCAACUAUUGCAGAUUUGGUUGGCGACAAUGUUGGAGACUGUGCCGGACGUGGUAGUGACUUAUUUGAGAGUAUUGCUGCUGAAAUUAUAUCUGCCAUGAUCUUGGGUGGUGUAUUGGCACAACGUACAAAUGUUCAGUCAGGAAUGGGUUUCGUUUUGUUCCCUUUAGGUUUGCAUGCAUCAGAUCUUAUAGUGAGUACUAUUGGGAUAUUAUCUAUUCGACCAAGGAAAAGUUCAAAUCAUCCAGAUGUGGAAGCUCAUCCGGGUAAAUUAGUUGGGGAGCAUGAAAGUCCCUUUUCUACGUUAUUCAGAGGUUACAAAAUAAGCUUAAUAUUGGCAGGAAUUUGUAUCAUCAUUCUUUCUUAUUUGUUUUUAUAUACUUCUGAUGCACCUGACGCUUGGUGGCAUUUUGCUCUUUGUGGAAUGAUUGGUCUUUUGUGUGCAGUAGCAUUCAUCAAAAUUGCACAAUAUUAUACAGAUAGCGAGUAUGGUCCUGUGAAACUUAUCGCUGAAGCUAGUACAAGUGGUCAUGGAACCAAUGUUAUCGUUGGUCUUUCAGUUGGAAUGAUUUCUGUUGGACUAUUUUGUGUCAUUAUUUGUAUUGCUCUCGUACUUACCUAUCGUUUGGGUCAAGAUUCAGGUUUAUACGAUCGAGUUUCGAAUGGUCCUACUGGAGGUCUAUUUGGAACUGCCAUUGCUACUAUGGGAAUGUUGAGCACUGCAGUCUACAUUCUUGCCAUGGAUAUGUUUGGACCUAUUGCAGAUAAUGCAGGAGGUAUUGUUGAAAUGACUGGUAUGAAAGGAACUUGUCGUGAAGUUACGGAUAAAUUAGAUUCUGUUGGAAAUACUACAAAGGCAGUAACAAAGGGAUAUGCUAUUGGCUCAGCGGCAUUGGCCUCCUUUUUACUUUUCUCGGCAUUUUUAGAUGAAAUACGAGACUAUACUGGCCGAAUAUUUGAGGCGGUUGACUUGUCUAUUCCUGAAGUCUUUGUUUCAGGUUUCUUUGGCUCAAUAGUAGUUUAUGUAUUCUCGGGUUAUACGAUGAAGUCAGUUGGCAUUGCAGCACAGGCUGUUGUAACUGAAGUGAGAAGACAAGUCAAUAGUUCUUCCAAAAUUCUUUCAGGAGAAGAGAUACCCGAUUAUCAAGCUUGUGUUGCAAUAGUCACACAGGAAGCUUUAAAACAAAUGGUUGCACCUGGAGCCAUUGCCAUUUUCUCUCCAAUAGUGGUUGGCUAUGUGUUUCGGUUCUUAUAUCCUUACGAUGUUGACCCGUUGCUUCCACCAAAAUGUGUUGCUUCAUUUCUUAUGUUUGCAACUUCAUCUGGAGUUCUCAUGUCAUUGUUUCUAAGUAUUGGUGGAGGUGCUUUUGAUAAUGCUAAAAAAUAUAUAGAAACGGGUGUUUUGGGUGGAAAAGGCUCCGAAACGCACAAAGCAGCUGUUACUGGUGAUACUGUUGGAGACCCUAUGAAAGAUACUGUAGGACCUUCAUUGCACAUAUUUAUCAAGUUGAUUGCAACUGUAUCUUUAGUAUUGGGACCAACAUUUGUUCGUAAUUGAGAAUCAUUGAGUUUAGUUAGGCAGUUUAUGAAUAGAAUUGCUCCAUUCAUGGACGAAAAACGGCAGAUGCUUGGGUAGACAACAUGUGCCAUCUUUUUUUUAUGAUUUCUGAUUUUGGUUGGACAAAAUAAGUAUCUAUCUGUUGUUUGUUUUCUGCUUUUUAAAAUUUC